ACCAGGUGCCGUGGGCUGCGACACCUAUCAGUCACCGCCGCCGACCUCCCGCUACUGAGGGGACAGCUGCCGGAGGGUCUCUGGUGCCUCAAUGUCAGAGGGCCGGAGGUGACCGAGCCGAGGUGGCCGAGACGGUCCCCGUGGGGCGGUCUGUCAGUGUCGCUUCAGGGGGUGGCUGCCGACACCAUCAGUCACCUGGCUGACCUGGGACGGACGGUCACAGGACUGGAGAUAUACGAUUGUACUGAUCACACGACCGGCAGCCUGGAGCCCCUCACCAGGUGCCGUGGGCUGCAGGAGCUAUCAGUCACCGCCGCCGACCUCCCGCGACUGAGGGGGCAGCUGCCGGAGGGCCUCAGACUCCUCAAUGUCAUAGGGCCGGAGGUGAUGGAGCCGAGCUGGCCGGGACGGUACGGGAAUGAUGGUCUGUCAGUAUCGCUCCAGGGGGUGGCUGCCGACACCAUCAGUCACCUGGCUGACCUGGGACGGACGGUCAAACGACUGGAGAUAUACGACUCUCCUGAUCUCACGACCGGCAGCCUGGAGCCCCUCACCAGGUGCCCUGAGCUGCGGCGUCUCACCCUGUCCGGCGGCGUCCCUGACACCGUGAGCCUGGAGCCCCUCACCAGGUGCCGUGAGCUGUGGGUUCUCACCCUGUCCGGCGGCGUCCCUGACGCCGUGCUGGACAGUCUCAGCGGCUGCCCCUGGCUGUGGGAGCUUAGACUGGGGGACCUCCAGCGGCCGGCAGAGACGGCCUUCACAGCAGCAGCGGUCACCAGACUGGUGAAGUCGUGUCGGCAGCUGCGUGAGCUGGGCCUUCACUGCACGGCAGACACCGGCCGGGCCGUGCUGACCGCCCUGAAGGAGGCGGACCUGGGCCGGUACAGUGAUGGCCGGCCCCGUACCAUCUGUCUCAGUGUCCCCGAGGAGCUGUACGAUCAGCUGAAGAGCCAGCAAGGCGAUGGGGUCAGAGUGUGUCAGUGGAAGUAUUGAUGCGCUGCACUACCGACCGUGCAGUGAUGAGCUGACUGCAGAGAGGCCGAGCCAGUCGGCCGGGGCCGCCAGCUGACUGCUGCCGUGUGUGCUGCACCAGCCGGCACUGAGAGCGGCGCCGGUCAGCCGGCACACGGCCCCCGUGUCCGCUCUAGUGUAGUGAUUUAGUUGUAGUAGAAGUAGUGUAGAUGUAGUAGAAGCACACGAGUGUGAUGUAGUGGGUAACUACCCGGCGGGUAUUGUGGGUAAUUGAUUGGACGGAUAUGAUCUUGUUGGUAAUUACCGGGCGGGUAUUGUGGGUAAUGGGACAGUGAAAAGUGAUGUAGUGGGUAAUUACCAGGCGGGUAUUGUGGGUAAUUGGACAGUGAAAAGUGAUGUGCUGGAGAGACUACCAAUCGUGACAUUACGCUAUUCUGCAUGUAGAACACACGUCUCUGACCGUCCGACUCGGUUCACCGCGCCUGGUCCCGGCGGCACGGCCGGCCUCGGUCACGUGACCGUCCCCCGGUGGAGUAGGACGGCUCGGUCACGUGACCGCUCCCCCGGGUCUGGCUGUACCUCGGCUCGGCGGUGCUGAGCGCCGUGCUGAGCGUGUUGUGACACGUCCCACACGGACAGCUCUACUCGACUACUGGCUAGCUGCCGUCCGAGCUGGCAGUAUACACGCGGUGCCAGUUCAGACGGCGGCCGGCCGCGCCGCGCCCGCCCGCUCCGGUCCCGGCCGGCGGCCGUCACCCGGCCCGGGGCGGGGACCGGUCCGUCAGCUGACCAUUGGUCAGUCAGCUGAUUGGUCAGUCAGCUGAUUGGUCUGUCAGCUGAUUGGUCAGUCAGCUGACCAUUGGUCCGUCAGAUUGGCCAGUCAGAUGUCUACUAUAUACACGAGAGGAGACGCUUCAGCUGUACCAUCUGUAGCCUGGGGCAAUUAGCUACCGGGCGAGUAUUGUGGGUAAUUGGAUGAAGUGAUGCGAUGUAGUGGGUAAUUACCGGUCAGGUAAUGUGGAUGAUGUAACCCUGGGUAUGAUAUAGCCGGCUAUCCAACGGUCGGAUAUAGUCAGCUGGAUGCUACUGAAUUGUGUAGAGCUCUGACGGCACCGGUCAUAACGAGUGUCCUCGCGUCUGUCCGACUCGGUUCACGGAAGCACGCCGUCACGGCCCGGGUGUGCGCCGCCAUGUUUUGUGUCCUCUGCUUCGUACAGGGGGGUAAUUGGGCUACCGACCGAUUGGGAGUCGGAGUCGGAGUCCGUGUCGAUCAAGCUGCCUUGACUCCGACUCCGGAACGGCUUUUUAGAUUUUAGUUAUCACUUGGCCAUGCUACUGGUUAUCGGCUGCGCUUUGACUAAUACAUUUUACACAU